GAAAUUUUUGUGUCGAUAGUCAAUUUGUGCUAGUGUUUGUUUUUGGUUCUCUUUUUGUAGUUUUCGUUACAAUUUAAUUAAAAUCAGUUAAUUACAUUACAUUGUAAUACUGUUAGCGAAGAGAAAAAUUGCUACAAUAUAAUCAAACGUUAAUUUGUACUUGCAGGAGAGCAAAUAGUUUCAAAAAUGGGAACUAAUAUUGAUGCAAUAAUAUUAGCAGAGAAAGAAAAUUGGGGACCGGCUCUUGAGGAUUUUAUAAACCAGUAUUUAGAAACAUUUACAUUGCCCGAACUAAAUGAAGGAACAAGAAGGAAAGAUGUUUGGAAUGCACUUUAUAACAUUGCCAAAUUGUCUGAGGAUCAAAAAAUUAUCAAGAAUGCCUUUAUAGCUGUAAGGAUUCUCAGUCGUGAAAAGGAUCAUCUAGCAGAACUUAUAAAUGACGAUUGGAUAGAUUUAAUGAUGAAGCUUUCUGGUCUUAAUGACGAUAGUUUUCAAUUCGAUACCGAUAAUAUGAACGUUCGUGUGGAAAUAUUGAGGUGUUUAUCGAAUAUAUUAUUCAAUUCAGAGCAGAUGGCUAUAAAUUCUGUAAAUAACGGAAUCUUAGAUGGUCUUGUAAAAAGUAUAAAUCAUUUCAGUAACGAGACCAUUUUGUACGAAAUUAAAUUGUUGGAAAUUAAAUUGGUGUUUUUGAUAACAGCUUUACGUCGAGACGCUCGCGAGAAAGUAUUUCAUUUAAUGGCUACUUUGAUACAAAUUUUAGAGGAUAUUUUGAAAGAAGCAGCAGAUGUUAUAAACCUAAACAACGAGCAAAGUCAUAUACCGCCGUUAUUUUUAACAGACAAUCAGGCUGAGCUGGCAUGUGAAGUGUUGAAAGUUCUUUUUAAUAUUACCAUCAACGUAAACACAAGUGUAGAUCCAGAGGUUCUGGCUAAUUGUUACACACUCGUAAAAACAUUACGAAGCUACCUAAUAAUAUCGUCAUUAAUCAAGGAAAAGACCAACAAUUUACGUAAAGAUGUAAUCCACCUUCUCGUCAACAUGCCAGACGAGACGUACAAAGAGCUUAUUCCCUCUUCAAAAGAUAACCGAAAUAAAAUCACUUUAGAAUUCGAAGGACAUAAUAUGACUGUUGUGUACGAAAUCCUUAUGUUUUUGGAUACCAAAUUGAGAGACAAUCUAAAUAUCGAUAGACAACACGAUUCAUUAUGCCCUGUUAUAACAGUUUUACUCAAAGGCUCGUCUAGUAACAGACUUAUCAGGAAAUUUUUGCGCAAUCAAAUUCUACCACCUCUAACAGACGUUCAUUCGAGACCCGAGGAAGGAGACACCCUGAGAAAUCACUUGUGUCGUCUACUUACAUCACCACUAAUUCACCUAAGAAAUGUAGUGGGAAAAUUCUUGUUUGUACUGUGCAAAAAGAAUGCUUCACGUAUGAUCAAGUAUACAGGCUACGGUAACGCUGCCGGGUUCUUCGCACAGGAGGGUUUAUUGGUCAAAGGUCAAGUGCAAGAUGGGGAUGAAUCUAGCAGUGAUGAUAGCGAAACUGAAGAAUACGCAGAACACAAACACGGAAUUGACCCGGUUAAGGGAUGUUACGAGGAAUUGCAACGGAAGAGUGCAUUGGAAAACAUGACGGAUGAACAAAAAGAGUAUGAGGCCAUGAAGCUGGCUGAGUUGAUGAAUAACAUGUUAGAAACUGGUAUAAUUAAACCGUGCACUCUUGGUGAAGAUGGUAAACCUAAACCCAUAGAACACGUUCUUCAAUUGCAAGAGGGUUUGAAGAAUCAAAUGCUAAAUAAAAAUGAAAAUGACGAUAGCGAUUAGGAUUUUAAGAUUAGCUCAUUUUUGAGUAUUUUAUUGUUGUUAAGUGUAAAUAUAAUUAUGUACAAACACAGGUAAAAGAUGCAUUUAGAAACAUAUUUAUUUAUUUAUUAGUGUAUUGCAAUAUUUACUGAUUUUUAUAUUUAUUUCGUGUCUAUGCAUAUUCUUAUUAUUAAAUAAAAUUAUUAGAUAA